AUGAAUUCUGAAAGUUCUGGAAAUGUCUAUCAAGCUGCGAAUGUUGUAGACGUUGGUGAGCUUGAAAAGGUUGAAUUAAAAGUAAAAAUAAAUACUUCAGAAAACAUCACUUGUCUUUGGGUUUUUAACAAGGGCCAGACGGAAUGUAGGUCCUUUUUGGAGCUGGACAACUGGCAUGUUAUUUCAGUGACGUUUCCAAAGAUCAGAGAGAGAGAGGCUAGAAACCACAUGCUGUCAAUUACAACUGAAACUUGUAACUACACGGUAACAUUUACGUUUAAUAUAAGAAGCAGCCCAAGAAAGCCCUAUUUUAUAAAAAAUGCAGGUUCAAAAACUGUAACCUGCAUCUCUGAAGGCAACCCUCAACCAGUUAUUGAGUGGCACUUUUGUAGUACUCCUGAUGAAAGGUGCAGCAAAGGAAGUGAGCCCAAAACAAGGGAAAUAGAACUUAACUUACUGAAAAACGAGUGGCUGUUUCAUCCGCAUGUAUGGUGCUGUGCAACCAACGUACUGAAUACUCUAUGCACUGAAAUCCAUACAAUAGAGUUACAUGUAACAGAACAAAGCCAUUUACAGGAAUUCUUUCUUAAAGUUGGAGAUCCACUUUUCUUGAGAUGUCGAGCUCUUAACAACAAUUACCAGUUUACAGUUACAUGGGAUUUUGAAAACCAGCCAUUAAAUAAGAGCCUGACGCUUGAAGGAAGAACCAGCAAAAGCACACAUCGGAUUAAAACUCAAUAUGCAUUUGCUUCAUCAGUGGGACAGCACAGUCAAGGACAUUAUACCUGCUCAUCCACAAAUCAUGCAAAUGGAACUGCUUUAGUUACAGUUUUAGAUAAGGGGUUUAUUGCUGUCAUGGAUUCACAGGAAGUAUUUGAAGUUGGUAUGGAGGAAAAUAUUUGCCUUGAAGUCAAACUUAAAGCAUAUCCACCAAUCAGAUGCAUUUGGAAGUUUUCCGGAAAGUCAUUUACUUGUAAUCAAAUGUACACAGACCUCUACAGCAUCUCUGCAACCUUCUGUGAUCAUAAAUACCAGCCAGGAGAAUAUGUUUUCUAUGCAGAAAAUGAUGAUGCACAUGUGGAGAGAACAUUAAAACUACAUGUGAAAAAGAACCCUGACGUAUCAUCUGUCUCACUGUCAAAUCAAGUGUCAUGCACUGCGGAGAGCUUUCCUGCAGCAUUGUGGGUCUGGAAAACGUGUUCUGAAGAGCAUGAAAAUUGUACUCAAGUCACAGAUGGAAUUUCAUAUGACAAGCGUGAAGGAAAAACCUUUGGCUCCUGGAUCACAAACAGCACUUUACAUACAACGGAGGCACACGCUGGAUUUUUCAUUGAGUGUUGCGCAAACAAUUCUGUUGGUUUAUCCUGCAAGACAAACUUCCUUAAACCCAAAGAGGUCUUUGCCCUACCAAAUCAUGUCGCUUUAUAUACAACAAUUGGAUUCUUUAUUUCAUUCAUCGUGGUGAUGCUCCUGUUCAUUUCCCACACCUACAAAAAGCGAUUUAGAUACAUGAGUCAAAUGCAGAUUAUACAGAUGGUUGGCCCAUCUGAUAAUGAAUACAUCUACGUCGAUUUCAGCGAGACGGAAUAUGAACAAAAGUGGGAAUUUCCCCGAGAAAAUCUGGAAUUUGGGCAAGUUCUUGGUUCUGGUGCUUUUGGGAAAGUGGUGAAAGCUACAGCCUAUGGAAUUAGUGAGUCGGGAGUGUCAGCCCAAGUUGCUGUCAAAAUGCUGAAGGAAAAAUACAGCUCUUCUGAAAAAGAUGCUCUGAUGUCGGAACUCAAAAUGAUGACUCACAUCGGAAGUAAUGAAAACAUUGUUAAUCUACUAGGAGCUUGUACCCUAUCAGGACCGAUUUACUUGAUUUUUGAAUACUGCUGCUACGGGGACCUUUUGAACUAUUUACGAAGCAAGAGGGAAAGAUUUCACAAGACAUUGACUGAUAUCUUCAAGCAGCAUAAUUUCAGCUUUUACCACAAUUUCCCAGACUAUCCAAGAAAUGGAAAUAUACUAAAAAAUGGGUCAUAUACACCAGUAUAUGGAAUGGAUGACUUUGCAAACGUGCACAUGCAAGACUUGGAUUUGGCCUCUAAACCAUCUGACAUGUCUCUGCUUCCUGGAGAGGAAGACGUUAAAUACGUGAACCGGGGAAUGGAGGAUGAAGAAGAUCUCAAUGUACUGACUUUUGAGGACCUACUGUAUUUCUCCUGUCAAGUUGCUAAAGGAAUGGAGUUUUUGGAAUCAAAAUCAUGUGUUCACAGAGAUCUGGCUGCCAGGAAUAUACUAGUCACUCAUGGGAAAGUGACAAAAAUCUGUGACUUUGGACUUGCCAGGGAUAUUGUGAACGACUCAAACUAUGUUGUCAGAGGCAAUGCUCGCUUACCUGUCAAGUGGAUGUCACCUGAAAGCUUAUUUGAAGGGAUAUAUACGAUUAAGAGUGAUGUUUGGUCUUAUGGAAUCUUACUCUGGGAAAUUUUCUCCCUUGGUGUGAAUCCCUAUCCUGGAAUGCAAGUCGAUGCAAACUUCUAUAAGCUUAUUAAAAAUGGAUUUAAAAUGGAUUGUCCAUUUUAUGCUACAGAAGAAAUAUAUUUCAUACUGCACUCCUGCUGGGCUUUGGAUGCCAGGAAAAGACCGUCCUUUUCGCAGCUGCUUUCCCUUCUGGCAUGCCAGCUGGCUGAUGCAGAAGGAGCAGUGUGCCAAACAGUGAAGAGUGAUCAUUCUGACCAGGCAUUUGGUUCCAAAAGCAGCCCACGUAGCAUAAGGGAAGCUGAUCGCCUUCCAAGCACCAUUCCGUGUCUGGAUGAAGAUGCUUCAAAGGAGAAAUGA